GGGGCAAGGCCGAAACCAAAAGCCCGAAAACCCCAAAACCAAAACCCAAACCCAAACCCAAACUCGACUCAAAACAAACAAAUCGACAGAGAAGACAGAGGCGGCCGCCCGGACAGACAGACGAAGGAGCAGCGAAACUUUGAUUGACAUUUCAAUUAAAUUAUAGCCAAAGUCGUUGGCAAAGUCAUUGCGAUUGCCGCUGACAAGAUGUUUCGAGUGCAAAAAGUUUUACUCACCGAAUACCAGGAGAUCUACGAGCCGGUAAUGGUGGAAAGUCCCUUCACGCUAGUGGAUGCACACGGAGUGGGAUUGCGCCAAUAUCACAUCGCACUCACCGGCACGAAGCUGCUCUUUGGUUGCGACAAUUUCUACAAGCACGAGGAAUACGGCAGUGAGCCCAACUGGUAUUGUCUAGGCCAGGAUCCGGAAAUCGAGUGCUUCGAUCUGAUCAGCAUGGUGCCGCUGGAGUAUAUACGCUUCAAUUUCUAUCGCAAACGUGAACGCUACCUAAUGAUGCUCAGCGUGCAGCCGCUGGAGCAACAUCUGCCGGCGGAAAGGCCCAUGAUCUUUGAAUUUGGUGGCCACAUACACAAGCAAUAUUUCUGGCAUACUUGGCGCGAACGCAUCGCAUCCAUACGCACACACGAGUCGCGCUUUAACCAGAUAACCGGCGCCUCACCCUUCUCCAGCAGCGAUAUACAGAUGGACGAGGUACAGCACCAUGUCCAGGUGCAUGUGCCCCAUUAUCGACCACAGUCCAUCUACAGCGUGUGCUGUAGUUCUGCCGGUGGCGCCUAGGGCAAAAACCAAAAUACUUCCAAACUUUUCAACUCACGCAUACACAUAACAUACACAGCAUGCAUAUUUUAUAGCUGGGCUAAGCUGCUUAGCCGACUGCCUCUUGCUGCCAAUAUGAUUACUGCACAAUUGGCCAACUACUUUGCGACCACUGUGCAGCAGCAGCAGCAGCAACCGUUUAUUUAUUUAUGAAUAAGCCACAACUUUAAGCACCUUUCUGUGCGCAAUUUGCGUAGCACAAACUUUAGUGCCCCCAGACGCGUAAAAUUAAAGUCGAGACGCAUUUGUUGCUCGCUUAGUUUGAUUGUA